AUGCGUCCCCGAUGGAGGCGUCAGUUGACCACCGGAGGUGGCUCCGGUGGUGGCCGAUGUCCUACCGCGCACCAAACAACACCUUCGACGUCCUGCACCAACAACAACAACAGCAACCAAAGCCAGCGUGGACCGACGCUCCACCUCAUCGUCGCAGUCACCGUCGUGCUCGGCCUCACCUGUCUCUCGGGCGUUAGCUGUCAAGUGUGUGGGCCUCCGGCGGUCCCAGCUAACGCGCGUGUCCACGUCACGAAGGCGGACGAUGGUUCCGGAGGGUUGCGAUCGGCGCGCUACGAAUGCGACGGAGGCUACGAGCUGUUCGGUCAGGAGACCGUUCGCUGCGACCCGGCGAAAGGCUGGGAUCGUGAGUUACCAUUCUGCGGAACGAAUGUGGCGUUCCGGAAGCCGGUUAACCAAUCGUCAGCGACCCGGGCCGGACCGGCUGGGUACGCGAACGACGGCAAACCGGGCAACCAGAACCCGGACGGGCAGGAGUGCUCGGAAACGCAGAAGGAAGUGUCACCGUGGUGGCGCGUGGACCUGCUGACGCCGGAGGAGGUGCGCGUGGUGCGGAUCACAACGCGCGGAUGUUGCGGCCACCAGCCACUGCAGGACCUGGAGAUACGCGUCGGCAACAGCAGCUCGGACCUGCAGCGGAACCCGCUGUGCGCCUGGUACCCGGGUACGGUCGACGAGGGCAGCACCAAGUCGUUCACGUGCGCCCGGCCACUGGUCGGCCAGUACGUCACCGUGCAGCUGGUCGGGGUCGAGAGCAGCCUCAGUCUGUGUGAGGUCGAGGUGUUCUCAAACGACGAGUUUUCGGCCGACAGGUGCGCAGCGCCGGCCCUUAGCGUGGACACGGUCGUGACGACGUUCGCGAAGACCUGCUACGAGUUCCACAUCACGCGCGGCGAAAGCUUCGAGAAGGCGCGAGCGAUCUGCCGCUCCAACGGCGGGGACCUCAUACACGACUUCCGGGGCGUUACGACGGACUACAUCAUCUCCGAGCUGGAGCGCCGCAAGAGCGACCUUCGCACGCAGCUGGUCUGGAUCGGGGCCCAGAAGGAGCCGGGCAUUACCUCACGCACCUGGAAGUGGGUGGACGGUAGCACCGUGAACAAACCGACAUGGGGUAAGGACCAGCCGAACAACUACAACGGCGAGCAGAACUGUGUGGUGUUGGACGGCGGUCGCAACUGGCUGUGGAACGAUGUGGGCUGUAAUCUGGACUAUCUGAAUUACAUCUGUCAGCACAGGCCGCUCCAGUGUGGGUCGCCUGACGCGCUCCUGAACACGACGGUGACCGGGCGCAACUUCUCGAUCGGUGCCACCAUUGCGUACCGCUGCCCCGUGGGCCACUCGCUGCUCGGAACGGAGGUGCGCACUUGCCAGGAAACCGGCGCUUGGAGCGGUGCGGCCCCUGCCUGCAAGUACGUGGACUGUGGUCCCCUGCCGGCGUUGGAGCACGGGAGCAUCAUUCUGUCGGAGCAGCGCACCAGUUACGGUGUGGUGGCAUCGUACAGCUGUCACGAGAACUAUACGCUGAUCGGGAACGAGAACCGGACGUGCGGGUCGGUGGGCUGGUCGGGACAGCAGCCCAAGUGCCUGGUCGACUGGUGCCCGGAACCACCGACGAUCCCCGGUGGCCGGAUGCAGGUGUCGGGCCGGCGGGCCGGUUCCACCGCGCUGUACGCCUGCGACCACGGGUUCGUCCUGCUCGGCGAGCCCAUUCUGUCGUGCGGGCUCGGGGGCAACUGGACCGGCCGGAUACCGGUGUGCCGAUUCGUGGACUGUGGCAUGCCGGCCCGGCCCGACCGUGGCAAUCUGCUGCUCGUGAACGACUCGACGACGGUCGGGUCGACGGUGCGGUACUUCUGCGACGACGACUACUGGCUCGUCGGUCCGCAGGAGCUCCACUGCACCAAGGAUGGCAAGUGGUCCGGCAGUGCACCGGCCUGUGAACUAAUCACCUGUGAGACACCGCAUGUGCCGCCCGGCUCGUACGUGAUCGGGUACGACUACAACAUUCACUCGUCGAUCCAGUACCACUGUGACCCGGGGCACAUUAUGCGCGGCGAGGACACGCUCGUCUGCCUGGAGUCGGGCCAGUGGAGCGGCGAUGCGCCGGACUGCGAGUACGUCGACUGUGGGACGCUGACGCCGAGCCCGCACGGGUCGCACCGCUAUCUACAGAACACGACCUACCUCGGCUCGGAGGUGCUGUACGCGUGCAGCAGCUCGCACCGGCUGGCCGGCCCAGCACGGCGCGUCUGUCUCGAGACGGGCCUGUGGAGCGACAGUGCACCCCGCUGCGAGGAGAUUCGGUGCGCGGAACCGACCCUUACUCCGCACAGCUUCCUGAGCGUCACCGGCAACGACCGGAUGUAUGGCCGCACGCUGAUACGCACCGCGCUGGAUGCCGCGUCGUCAAGCGGAGCGCAGACCUACAAGGUGGGCGCCCUGGCCAAGUAUCGCUGCGAGCGGGGCUACAAGAUCGUGGGUGAAGCGCUGAUCACCUGCGAGGAGAACGGCCGCUGGAGCGGCGAGAUUCCCGAGUGUGUCUACGUGGACUGCGAAACGCCGGCCGACAUCGUGCACGGUAAGGUGACGCUUGCGACGAACGCCACCUACUACGGGGCGGCCGCCCUGUACGAGUGCGGCGAUAACUACAAGCUGGACGGGGUGUCCCGCCGGCUGUGCCUCGAGGACGGCACGUGGAGCCAUGAAGCGCCGCGCUGUACGGAGAUCACCUGCGAUGCGGUCAACGUCACCGACAGUGUGCUGGUGAACUACGGGACCCGGUUGGUCGGCGUACGGGCGGAGUUCAGCUGUAGCAAGGGCCGCUACCUGGUGGGCAACAGCACCCGCACCUGCCUGCUGAGCGGCCAGUGGUCGGGACGGAGCCCCAUCUGCAAGCUGACCGACUGCGGGCGCCCGGCAGACAUCGAAAACGGGCGGGUGAUCGUGGUGAACGAGUCGACGGUGUACGGUGGCUCGGCCGAGUACCACUGCGUGCCGCACUUCAACCGGAUCGGACCUUACCUGCGCAAGUGCAUGCACGAUGGAAAGUGGAGCGGCGAAGAACCCCGAUGCGAGCUGAUCGUGAACGAUGCGCAGGAGACUAGUAGCCUCGGUACGGGAAUAGCCAUCGGGGCGGCCGUCAUUGUCAUACUGCUGAUCCUGAUCGGGGUGCUGUUUCUUCACCGCAACAAGGCGCGUCCGGUUAAGAACACCGAGAACGUGCAGGCGGCGGAACACAAGGAGGACCAGAAUGCGGCCGUCAUGUCGUACUCGAGCCUCGAGAACGGGCGCCACACGUUCGACCUCACCAACCGGGGCGGCCUAAUGACGUUCAACACAUUCCAGUCCAGCGCCGGUGCCAAUCAUCCGCCGCCGCCGAGCCAGCUCACGCAUGGUAGCACCCUGCACAACAACAACAACAACAAUAACAGCAGCACUGCCAGCAACAACCACCAUCACCGCGGCGGUGGUGGUAGCCCCAACAGCAACAGCCAUUCGGGCGGGGGUGGCAGCGAAAACAUCUACGACCAAAUACCGAGCGAGCAGUUCUACGACGCGCCGUACGAGAUGCGCACCAACGAGGAGGUGUACGAGCCGGAACCGACCGGCCGGGGCAACAUCAUCACCAUCAACGGGGUCAGCGUUCGAUGAGCGCGCGCGGCCCGAUUCGAGCGAACUAAUCGGACCCCGCACUUCACGUCCCUCUGCCCAGCGUGCUUAUGUCUUCCCGAAAUCCUCGACACGGGGCGUGAACACGUGAUCCCCUGCACC